CUGAAAUUAAAAAAAAAAAGCUAAGAAAACAAAAAUGGCGGCUUCAGCUGUGGAGGGAGCCGCUGUGACUGCCCUCCGUUCGGUCCUACUUCGAGUCCGACACGCAGCGGAGCGAGCUGGAACGCGACCCGGACGGGUUCGGGUCGUGGCCGUGUCGAAGACCAAACCCGACUCCCUCAUCCGCCAAGUUUAUGACGCCGGUCACCGCUGCUUCGGCGAGAAUUACGUCCAAGAAAUUGUCCAGAAAGCGCCUCAGGUUUCUCUGUCGAAUUACAAAACGAAGAAAAGUUUUCAUUUAUUUAUUUAUAUAUUAUUGUUUUGGCAGCUGCCUGAGGAUAUUGAGUGGCAUUUCAUUGGGCAUUUACAGAGUAACAAGGCUAAAACGCUUCUCGGUGGAGUGCCAAAUCUAGCAUUGUUUGAGGGUGUAGAUAAUGAGAAGAUUGCAAACUGUCUUGACCGUGCAGUUUCAAACCUUGGGAGGAACCCUCUGAAGGUUUUCAUACAAGUAAAUACAAGUGGAGAAGCAUCAAAAUCAGGGAUAGAUCCUUCAGGUUGUGUUCGGCUUGCAGAAUAUGUUAAAUUGCGCUGUCCAAAUUUGGACUUUUCUGGCUUAAUGACGAUAGGGAUGCCAGACUACACAUCAACACCAGAGAACUUCAGGACACUAUCAAACUGUAGAGUUGAGGUUUGUAAAGCACUUGGAAUGGCAGAGGAUGAGUGUGAGCUGUCGAUGGGCAUGUCUGGUGACUUUGAGCAAGCGAUUGAAAUGGGCAGUACAAACGUGAGGGUUGGCUCGACCAUCUUCGGAUCAAGGGACUAUUCGAAGAAGCUGCCGAAUUGAUGCCAUAGAGUUUGUUGCAGUUGCUUGAAUAACCAAUGUAUACUUUGUGUAACCAUUUAAUUGACAAAAUUUGCCAAAUCCAUGUAAUUCUUCUCCUCUCAUGCUCUUGUUCUUGAUUGUAUUCUAGCAUCUGUACCCAUUGGCAGAUAUAAUGGAGUAUAACUUCAUUGCCAUUCUUAUUCCUGUGGGGAAUUGUAAAUGAAGUUAUCAAGAUUCAUGAUUCAAACUCUAUUAUUCUUUUUAAUGGUAAUACUUUGCUACAUCUUAUUUAA